AUGACUCACUCUUUGAUCUGGCGAGCCCUAGCGGCUAUCACCCUGACGGUUUCAGCUUCUGCAUAUCCCCAUCAAACAUACCCAAACAUCGUCCCACGUGCCGGAUGUCCCAUCCCUGACAUUUGCGCCUGGGGCAGUUGCACCAACACCACUAUUGGUCUUGAUCCCCGAAACUGCGGCAAGUUUGGUAACUCUUGUGAGCCCUCAGAGAUUUGUGUUGCCGGCCAGUGUCUCCCGCUUGAUCUCGGUACAUCCGAUUGUCCUACCGAUUGCAAGCCUGGUCAACUGUGCAACAACGGCGAGUGUGUCUCCAUCGAGAUUGCAGUCGAUCCUCUUCACUGUGGAGGAGAAUCCUGUAAUUCUUCUUCUCUCUGCAUCAAUCAACGAUGUCAAAAGCUCGACAUCGGCUCAGAUCCUGCAUCCUGUGGCCCUUCCAAUACCAAGUGCGAUGCGGGAAGCUGGUGUCUCUACGAUACCUGCAUUCCUUUUAUCCUCGGCACCAACGUUCAAGCCUGCGAUGAGAGAACUUCGUGUUCUCUCGGCACGUCUUGCGAAGAUGGAUACUGCCGACAAAUAUUCCUUUCGACCGAUAUAAAUAAUUGCGGAGAAGAUUCUAAGGCCUGCACUGCUGGGCAAGUUUGCGUCUCUGGGCAAUGUCAGUCCCUUGAUGACGAAGAUGCAGACCAGAACUGCGAUACACCCUGCGAACCUGGCUCAUGGUGCAUGAGUGGUGAAUGCAUACCGAUCAGCAUCUCGACCGAUACUUCUCAGUGCGGCAGUAGCACAGAACCAUGUGGCAAGGGACAAGUCUGUGUCUCUGGGCAUUGUAUUAGCAACCUGGUUCACCGGGAGAGCAUCCCCAAGACAGCUUGUAGUCCUUCUACGCGCCUAGGGGGAUUUCUUUUCGGGCCAGGGGGAUCUUCAGACCAGAACAAUAAUGGAGGUGGUCGAGAAGGUUCUCCCAAUGACGCCACUUCGGGACAGGGCGGAGAUCAGCAAGGAGGAGACUCUACCUCAAACAGCAACGGCUCUGGCAGCUCUCCUGAUGAGACCUCAGGUGGAGGUGGUCAGACUCAAGGUGGCCAAGGUGGCCAAGGCGGUUACCCGGGUGGCUUCCCGGGCUCACGUCCAGGUUCCAACUCUGGCUCUGGCAACAACCAGGGUGGCCCCGAUAACUUUGGCGCUGGACGUCCUGGUCCCGGCGAGGAUGGCAACGGAUUCCCAUCUUCUGCAUGCGAGCCAGAGUGCGCGUCAAACUUCAUCUGCGUUAGCGGAGAGUGCCUUUCGGUGUCGGACCCCUUAUCCUGCGGGCCCUCCGCCAACCCUAACCGUCUCUUCCAUCGCCAAAACGCUGUUUGUCCACCAGGCUAUGCCUGUAUCGACGACCGUUGCGUCCGAGUAGAUGGGCCCAUCAGCUGCGGUGGCUCUAUCUGCCCUGCCAACUAUGCCUGUAUCCAGGAAGCGUGCGUCCCUCUUGGAGAUCCCACCGACUGCGGCGGUGAGAGGUGUGCUAGUGAUGAGAUCUGCCUGGGCGAUACCUGCGUAUCGAACCCGGCAUUGGCUAGCUGUUUUGGUGUUGUUUGCCCUCCCGGACAGGUAUGCCAGAAUGGAGACUGUGUUGCCGCUGGUUCGCCUGGUGCAAAUGGAAAUCCUCAGGGUAAUGGCGGUAGACCCGGCGGUGAUGGUGGUUCCUCCGGUGGUGGCUCCGGUAACGGUGGUUCUAAUGGAGGCAACGGAGGAAGCAACAGUGGAGGCAAUGGAGGAUCUGGCAACGGAGGAUCUGGCAACGGCGGGUCUGGCGGUGGUUCCAAUGGAGGUAACAACGGAGGUUCCAAUGGGGGAGGCAACGGUGGCUCUCCCGGCAAUGGCUCCGGCAAUGGAGGCACAGGCAACGGUGGAAGUGGCAAUGGAGGCACAGGUGGUGGAUCUAAUGGAGGAUCGCCAGGCGGCAACGGUGGUUCUCCAGGUGGUGGUUCUGGAAACGGACCAGACAGCGGCAACCCGGAAGGAAACGGUGGCCGCCCUGGUCCGGAUAUUGGCGGCGACGGCUCUUCUACUGGCAACGGUGGCGGAGAUGGUGGUGCCACUGUAACCUCACCACCAGCAGGCACUGCUACGCGCUCGGGAGCUGGGAAUUUUCCAGAUUCGACAGCAUCCAGUGCUGAUGCCAGCGACGAUGCGCCUAUCGUCAAUCCUGGCCCUGGCACGACUGGCACCGAUGGACUCUCAGCUUCAACCACUAGCAUUCGAGGUGGUCCCGAUGGUAAUGGUGGCUCAACUACCUCAGGUGACGGUGGUGGAGAUUCCCCUACUGAGACCGACGCUGCCACGUCUGAUGCAGGACCUAUCAUCGGGCCUGGAUCUGAUUCAACAGACCUUUCGGGUGCUAGUACGAAAGUAACAGGUGGUGCAGAAGGUGGCGGAGGCUCUGAGAUUACGCUCAGCGGAACUGCUUUGCCCACCGACACCAGCGGGGAGUCUCCUACCGACGGCGGUAGCUCCGCGGCCGGCAGUGCUGGUACCGAUACGACGGGCAUUGUCAACCCUGGAGCACCUACUACUGACGGAAGUGGUAUCUCAGCUUCUGAGACUGGUGCAACUGGUGCAACUGAUUCUUCUGGUGCCACUGAUUCUGUUGGUGCCACUGAUUCUGCUGGCUCUACUGGUACCAAUGUGGAUGGACAGACAGAGACAGCCUCCACUACUCGAGCCGCAACUGCUACGCCAACGGAAACUACACCGUGCUCCACAGACGACGAUUGUCUUCUCAAUGUCGCUCUCUGUGUUUUCAACGGCCUCAACAUCUGCACUUGCGUCGACGGAGUCUGCACGCAGCAGCCCGGAGGUCCUGAAGGCUCAGGUGUCACCGGCUCUGACCUUGGAACCUCAACUGCAGGCAAUGGAGAGCCAACUGAUAGUGCUGGGUCAACAAUUACCGAUGAUACUGGAGAGACUGCUACCACAACGGGAGACCCGGCUGCGACAUCCGCAGUAUCUUGUUCGGCAGAUGACGAUUGUCUGGCCAAUGCUGUCUUUUGCUCAGAUGGCUUACUAAACCUAUGCAUUUGCGUUGAUGGCAUUUGUAUUCUCGACCCUGCUUUGGCUUCGACCACUGACACCAACAACCCGGGACAGACGACCACCGUCCAGGAUGCUACAACCACUGACGCAGAAGCAGCCGCAACAUCAUCAGCCGUUGCUUGUACUACAGACGCUGACUGUUUGGCCGACCUCGGCCUCUGUGUUGAUGGCCUGAUCAACCUAUGCAUCUGUGUAGAUGCCAUCUGCAUCGUCGAUCCAGCCUUAGCAACGACAUCUGGUAUUGACAAUGGACAGACAACUACGGACGCUGCUGCUACGACUACAGAGGAGGCAGCAGCAGCGACAUCUUCAGCAGUGGCCUGUACUUCAGAUGAUGACUGCCUGGUUGAUGUCGGUCUUUGUGUGGAUGGGCUACUCAAUCUAUGCGUUUGCGUAGAUGCUGUCUGCAUUCUCGAUCCAGCCUUGGCCACUACCACCGCCGAUGCUACUGGCACAGCGACGCAGCCAGCUCCAACAGAGACAACUGCAGCUACUUGCUCCACAGCUGAUGACUGCGCUGUCAAUGUAGACCUCUGUAUCAUUGGAGGGCUCAACCUUUGUGUCUGCCUCAACGGAGUCUGCGUUGGUGAUCCAGACGCUCAGGAAACAACCACUGCGAACCCUACUGCGACGAACACUGGACCAGGAGCUACUUCAACUGCAGUAGCUUGCUCGACAGCUGAUGAUUGCGCUGUCGAUGCAGAUCUGUGCCUCGAUGGAUUGAUCAACCUUUGCGUCUGUCUCAAUGCCGUCUGCGUUAAUCCUGGAGGAGGUGGUGACCAGACGACUACAGAGACUGGUGCUGGUGGAGGACCUACUACAGCACCAGUGGCUUGUACUACAGCUGAUGACUGUGUCGCUGAUGCUGAUCUCUGUUUAGACGGUCUGCUGAAUCUAUGUGUCUGCCUCAACGCUGUCUGUGUUAAUCCUGGAGGAGGCAAUGAUCAGACUACUACAGAAACUGGCGCCGGCGGAGAACCUACUACAGCACCAGUGGCUUGUACUACAGCCGAUGACUGUGUUGCUGAUGCUGAUCUCUGCUUGGAUGGUCUACUGAACCUAUGUGUUUGCCUCAACGCUGUCUGCAUCGUAGCAAACCCUGGGGGUGAUCCGACUGAAACAACUGAUCUGCCGCCUGAAAACACAAGAACUCCAUGUUCCACCAACGGUGAUUGCACAGCUAAUGCGGCACUCUGUCUGGACGGGUUGCUCAACAUUUGCGUUUGCCUCGAAGGUCUAUGCAUCGUCAACCCCGUCGUCAAUCCGACUGAAACUACUGCUCCGGCACCAACAGAGACCGCUACAACUUCGUGCAACACUGCCGAUGAUUGUACCGCCAAUGCUGGUCUCUGCUUAGACGGGCUUCUCAAUCUUUGCCUCUGUGUCAACGCAGUUUGUGUACCAUCACCAGGCGGCGGUGGUAACAAUGGCGAUCCUUGCACUGACGACUCUGAUUGUACUGCUGCCGGAGCUAUAUGCCUCGACAGUGGUGUCUGUGGACCUAACCCAGGAAACACGCCAACUUCGUGUACUACAGCCGACGACUGCACUGCCAACGCCGCUCUCUGUUUGGAUGGUCUCUUGAACCUCUGCGUUUGUCUCAACGCUGUCUGUGUACAGGCCGGAGGGGGCGGCGGAGGCAAUACUGGCGAUGCAUGCACCGGCAACGCUGACUGCACCACCGCAGGAGAUGUUUGCACCAACGGUGUAUGUACAGCAGCAGGAGGCGGGGGCACAGACGCUUGUGUUGACGCCAACGAUUGCCUCCUGUCAGUCAAUCCUCUUUGCGCUCUUGGUCUUUGUGUCUGCGUCGAUGCCGUCUGCACUACAUCUCCCGAUGUUGACGAGUGUACCUCCAACGCAGGUUGCAGCGCUGGAGCUACAUGUCAGAAUGGCGUUUGUGUUGACAACACUGAUUGUACUGGUGCUGCGGAUUGUCUCGCCAACCUUGAUAUUUGCGUUUUGCCGGGGGUUUGUGCUUGUGUUAAUGGUGUUUGUGGACUUGUUGGCAAUGGACCUACGCCGGAGUGCACUGCCGCUGCGGAUUGUCGAACUCUGCCGAGGUGUCGUCUAGGAUUGUGUCUUUGUGUGGCUGGACAGUGUAUCCUUGGGUGA